AUGGCCCCAAAGGAAAACAGAGAAACUAGGCCCCGUGGAACUGUAGAUAACGCGGGCCGUACUGGUACUACUCCCCGUACUGGUACUACGCCUCGUAUUACUCCUCAAAUUUCUCCUCGAGCCACUACUAAUAUUAGUCCUACUACUACUACUACUACUCCUGCUACUACUCCUGCUACUCCUAUAAAUCCUGCUCCUCGUGGUACUGGUACUGGUACUGGUACUACCACUACUCCUACUACUACUCCUACUACUACUACUAGUACUACUCCUGCUGUACGCAAUACUCGUGAUAUUCGUGCUGCUACUACUACUACCCCUACAACUCCUGCUCUGCGUGCUACUCGUGGUACUCGAGCUACUGCUACUACUGCUGCUGCUGCCGCCCCUCCUGUUGUUACCACUACUAGUGCUGGUACUACUGAUCCUCCCGUUCGUGCUUCUUCUAACGAUGCGGGGGAUCGGAAGAGAAGAACUUCUAAAGAUUCGGGGGAUCAGAAGAGAAGAACUUCUAAAGAUUCAGGGGAUCAGAAGAGAAGAACUUCUAAAGAUUCGGGGGAUCGGAAGAGGAGUACUUCUAACGAUGCAGGGAAUCGGAAUAGGAAAACAGAAAAGGCUCAAGAAACCGAUAAUAAUUCAAAAGCAUCAAGGAAGAAAAGUAAACAAAAUCUUGCAUCAUCUUUUGUAUCCUCAUUUAAGUUUCCCAAGCGUAAAAAGGAAGAGGAACCACGAAGACCUCCUGGUAUGUACACUGUGCGACGGUUUCAGAACAAUUUACAAGAAGCUAUUCUUGAAGGGGAUCACCAUAGGUUUCAACGUUUAUUACUAGUAUUCAAAAAGUGUUGUGGGAGUGGAAGAGUUAUGGAACACACUGGUGAGGUGUUAGGGCCUGUGGAAAACUAUGGUAAAGUUGAUGAUCUCAAACUCUCUAUGCUUCCAGAAAGUUCUCGUUCUAUAUUAGAUCGUGUGUUGGACUUUUCAACAGGUUACACAGUAACACAUCUAGCGGUGGUGUCUUUUGACCCUGAGUUUGUAGAUAUUUGCUUAAAGUACGGAACUGCCGUACACAGUUAUGAAGACCUUAAUGGAGACACGGCACUUUCUCUGGCAAUCUCCGUUCAACCAGAAUUGGCAUUAAAAAUGCUUCAACAAGGGCGAAACAUCAAUGUUGCGAGGGUUGAUGAUCGUGGUCAGAACUUAUUACACAAAGCCGUUACGGUUAAUGUGGGAAGCCCACCGUGGCCAGGAAGGGUGGAGUUUGUGGAAGAAUUAUUGAAACGAGAUAUUUCGUUAGCCUUGUUAAAGGAUUCAUGUAUGUAUACUCCUGCAAUGUGGGCUGCUGAGCAUGAGGAACACUAUCCCUCUAAAAGUGAAUAUACACAGAUUAUAAAUCUUCUUAAUGCGGCAGAGAAAAAAGCGAAUGCAAGAAACAAAAGAAUAUCUGCAGAUAAAAAUGAUAAAGGAGAUAACAGAGCAUUAGAUACAAAGGAUAAAUCAGAAGUUACCAAGGUAGAGGUAUCGGAUGGGGCUCCUGAGAAGAAAGACACUGAAACACAUAUGAUGCAUGUUGAAACACGUCAUUCAGAUCGUAUGCGAUUAUUCUUUGAAGGACCAACCGCUCGUCUUUCAUGUAUCUUUGCUUUAUUAAUUCUUCAUAUUCUUGAGUACGCCGUUGAUGUGGCUGAUCGUGGAGUAGAAGCACGAUAUCGGGAUGCCAAAUUCCCAUUUUGGUUUACUAUAAUAAAUAUGAUUGGUUCUUGUUGGAUUGGAUCAGCUUUUUUUAUGGGUCUUACGCAUCUUAUUUGUCUUGUUCUGGGUGCGGUCGCAGGUGCCUAUUUGUACUACUAUGCCAUACAUUAUUUUCUUGGUAAUAGACUUUUGCGUUUACCCAUAUGUGGAGCCAUCUCUGAUGAGGAGGGAGAUUAUAUAAAAAGAUCAUUUGGUGGGUAUUAUCUUUACUUUUACAGAUCAUCUGACCGAGGUGGUUACUUUGCCAAACUUAUCGGGGGCCUUCUUGGUAUUUUCUGUGGUGCACAUAUAUACAAUGCACUUCUUCAUGCAAUUUGGCCUGGUCAGUUGUCGUGGGCACUUAUUACCGAAUCUAUUGUUGGUUAUGAUGCGGUAACAGCACUUGGCAGGUUGUGGCUCGCAACCUUAUUAAUAGAUUGGUACAUUUUUACCUUUGUGAUGGACCUUAUGUAUCAACAAGGGUCACUCAAUAUAUAUUUACCACACCACACGUUUGCAGGUUUUGCAGAAACUGUUAAUAACGUUCUUCGAUGGCGAAAAGGUACGAAUAUAGCAAAAGAUAUCUAUGGUGUUCGUAUGACACUUUACUGGACUGCUCUUUUUGUUGGUUGGAUCAUUAUUCUUCUUUCGUUUGUUCUUACAGAGGUAUCUCGAGGUCCUAUAAAUGAAAUUUUCAUGUACCCUAAUAUCAAAACUGGAUGGUUUGGAUCUCCUCUCCUUCUUGCUAGUUUGUGUAUAUUUCUUGAAUGCGUUAUUGCAUCUCAAGAAUGGACGUGGCCAACAUUUCAAAAACAUCCUUUUUUGGAGUUUCCAGGAUUACUCAUAUCUUCUCACCAUGUCUAUUUCUUAAUGCUGCUACUAAUUGUUCUCUUCAGCUUUGACCUUCGUAUGAUUGUGGUCCACAUAUCGAUGAUGCGAAACCAACCAGGAGGAAUAAAAGCUGGAUCAAUGCUGGGUAUUGUGCUCUCAUUAAUUCCGGCUAUUCUCGGUCUUCUUUUUGUUCUUAUUUUGGUCAUCCGAACUUCACUCCUGUGGGGAAAAACUUCUAUAUGUGGAUAUAAAGUCGCACUUUACGCAAAACACAUGCAGCUCUUACCGUGUCCUCUGCAGAGUGAAAAGGCGGCGCAAUUAGCACAGGAGGCGGAUAAACAACAGGGCUCUCGCUUCUCACGUGCACUGGCCUCUAGAGGAACAAUGAAACACAUGAAGGAAAAGACAAAGAUCCGCAAGGCUGUGCGAAGAGUUGAGAAACAAAUGAGGACCACACCAUUUGAUGGGGAAACUAUCAAGAAGAAGAAAGAACAACGGCCAUUACCACAAGGGAAACCACAAGAACAAAGGCCACAAAAGCAGCGACCACCUCAAAAACAGAAACAAGAAGAAGAAGAUCCUCAACAACCACAACCACCACCACCACCACAACAACAAGAUCCUCAACCACCACCACUACCACAAUACCCACCACCACCACAACAAGAACAAGAUCCUCAACAAACAAGGUCAGCUGCUUCACUCUCUGCAACUCCACGUGGAGACUCAUUCUGGAGUAGAGUUUUCAGUAGGAAUGGGGAUGAUGAUUCUGAGUCUACAUCUUUGUCAUCUUUGACAUCACUUGAACAAGAACUUGGAGAGAGUGACGAUCUACCAAGUCUUCAGGAAGAAAAGUAA